CUACGAUCCACGUCAAACAUUUGUGGAUGCCAUCUGGGCAGACCAGACAAGUUCAAUGUCGUGUGUAAACAGCGAGCACAGCUGUUUGGGUUCUGUUUUAUAUUUUUGGGGGUUGGGUUUCUGUUUGUCUCUCGUCUGUGUAACAACGCGCCAGAGCUGCGUUGAGUAAGGUCAGUUACGCUGGCUUCGAGGGUCUUUGUGGAGGCUUCCCAAUUCAACAUAUAAAUAGCUGUCACAGCUGCAGCGCGGCGACAUUACAAUCACGGACAACUCAAGAUGCGGAUUACACUGCUAUUGCACUGCCUGCUACUCUUUGGAUACGCACUGACAUCGAGCUUCAACGAGAUGAACUUGAAGCGCAUUCGCCGCGUGGUGGGCGGUCAACGGAUUGAGGUGAAACUGCAGCCGCACAUGGUGAACAUACGACGACGCGGUGACUUCCAGUGCGGCGGUUCGUUGGUGACCCCAAAUUGUGUGCUCACCGCUGCCCAUUGCAUGCAUGAGGAGCAGCUGAAGCCAUCGGAUUAUGUGGUACGCGGUGGUGUCUCCUAUCUCCGUGACUUGGACAACGCUCGCUUUGUGAAGCGUAUUCUGAUGCCCAGCAGCUACAAUCGCACCACGCUGGAUAACGAUGUGGCGCUGCUGCAGCUGCAGAAUCCGCUUCAGGGUUUGCACAUCUCAACUGUUGCCUUGGCCAGGCAGGCACCACUGCCCGGCAGCUUUGUGCGCAUCUCUGGCUGGGGAUUGACGGAUGAGCGUGCUCACCAGCUGCCCAAUCAACUGCACAGCGUUUGGGUUCAAGUGAUGGCACAGCAAAAGUGCCAACAACUCUAUCAGGGCUACAGGAAUAUCACAUCGAGUAUGUACUGUGCCUCAGGUGUGGGUCAAAAGGAUGCCUGUGACGCAGACUCAGGUGGACCGGCUGUCAAUGGCGAUGGUCAGCUGGUGGGCAUUGUGUCCUGGGGCAAGGCGAAUCGCUGUGCGCACAAGGAUAGUCCGGGUGUCUACACCAGCGUGGCGCAGCUCUACGAUUGGAUAGUGAACAACAUGGACCGAUAUUGCUACUAGGAUAAGGAGUUGACGUCGUAGCAUAAAAUGGGAGUUUAAGUAAACUUCUGUGUCAGUAUUAAAGGCAGAAUUAAGCUAAGGCUACAGUUGAAAGAGUGGCGCAAAAUAAAUAGUUUAAAUUUAUAUUUAAAAUUGUUUUCAUAUUUAACAUUCUAUUCUUAGAAAGCACAAAAAGUAUUUUAACAAAUUUAGCGCACCCAAAUUCUAGUUUAAAAUUGAGGUGGAAAAUGACUUAUUUUAA